UUUAAGUUAUUGAUAAAUUUUAUUUUUAUUUUGCUAGAAUGUGUUUUAACUUCCUUUUUAAUAGUGACUGUAGAGAAUCAGGACAAACAUCAAGUUGCCGUAUUUUGUAAAAUGCUGAACACUUGACGAACUGCUUUAGUUUAAAAGUGGUUGUGAGUUCCAGAUAUUGGAAAAGUGUUAGAAUGUGUUAGUGGCGUCCGUACAAAGUUGAAAUGGAACGAAGAACUGGAUUUUUAUUUAUAUUAUGGGUUGCAGUUAUUCCGUUGCACAAAGCCGAUAAUUUGGAAUUACUACUGGGCACAUUAAGAACACAUCAAAAGGCCGCGUGUGACGAGGACAUUGUGACACUCAUUUGUCCACGUGGUACUACGAUAAGUAUACAAGUGGCUCAAUACGGUUCCUCCGCAUCCCAGACCUCGUGCUCACCAGAGCUGGCGGAGUAUCAACCAGUUGCUGUAGAAGUGGUGGGGGGAGAUGCGCCGUGUACCUGGCCCAGUGCCUUACAGUAUUCACUGUUGCAGACUGUAGUGGAAGCAUGUCAAAAGAAACGACAGUGCAAGUUCCACACAAGCCCGAAAACAUUUGGAGUAGACCCGUGCCCGGGUUCUAGAAGGUUCGUCGAAGUCGCUUAUAAAUGCCGUCCAUAUGAAUUUCGAAGUAAAGUGGGCUGCGAGAACGAUGUGCUACAUUUGAGCUGUAACCCGCACUCACGAGUUGCGAUAUACUCGGCGCAGUACGGCAGGACGGAGUACGACUCCAUACAAUGCCCGCAGCCGAGAGGAAUGAAGGAAGAAACUUGCUUGGAGCCCUACGCUACGGAGACAUCAAUGCGAGAAUGCCAUGGGAAGAGGCGAUGCGUUUUAGCGGCAGACAGUAAAAUGUUCGGUAAACCUUGUCGAGCCGGCAGCAGGACUUAUCUCAAAGUUGUAUACACAUGUGUGCCUCGCACAGUCCUCAAAGAACGAUAUGAAAGUGCACCGGAAGAAGACGAAGUGGCUUACGAUAUAUCCGACGUAGAAAAUGAAGAUAUUGAUGAGUCCAGUGAUCGUUGGUGGGGUGAACCGGCUGUGCCUCCAGCGCCGGCAGUGGCCGCCAUCCCAUCACAGAAACCAUCCCUUACACCCAACAAUGUCACAAAAAAUAAUCAUCAAGAUUCAUCACCAUCAUCACCUAGACACCACCUUUCAAAUAAUGAUCAGUUCGAUAUUAUCUACGUCUACAUCAUCGCUGGAAUCGCUGUGGUACUUUUAGUUGGCAUUAUAGUGGCUACAAUAAGAUGUUUAACAAAACGAAGUAAUCAAGAGCAACCGAAGGGUCCUGAUGUGUCAGCUACCACAGAAAUACCUAACGGAUUCAAUGACAGCAUAUCUGAAGUUGACAAUGAUAUAAACAUAACCAGUCUAUCGGGUCCAGUUGACAAUGUAGAUGCGGGUCUCAAACAAGAAAUGCAACUUGCAAGUAUGACUAUUAGUCCUAAAAUAAACAGAUACGUCGGUAGACCAGUACCUAACACGUAUCCGCAUGUGAGCAGCAAUAUUUACGGGCAAGUGGCAGAGUACCCUAUAGAAAUGCCUUUAAGACAAGUACAUCAUGGGACUUUGGGUCGCGGUGUCGCAGUAAAAACGUUACCUAGAGUACAAAUCCAAUCGGAAACUGACCCUAACACGAGAAGUCUGUAUCGAUACUCGAACGCUCAGUAUUAUUUUGGGUGACAUCAAGAUGUGAACGAAUGUGCGGACAUAACGAGAACUUACUGUUUCUAGUUGGUGUAGUGAAAGACUUUAUAAUGUCCUAAUUUUAAUACAGAAACUGUGAUAUUAAUUGGAACUAUUCUAUUAUAGUACAGUCUAUUUAAAC